GUUAUAGCGUACGCCCGGACAACAGAGGUACCACUCCGAGGGGAGAUGCCUUUUCUUUUGGUUCUUUCGCAUUUAAAAUGAACUACGUGAUUACGUGCUGGCACUCAAAUGGUCGCGCACGCAUCUAUAUCGCCAUUUUAGCCCAGCUCGUGGCCCGGACGAGCUGUGAUAACGGGAUGAAUCCCCCCGCCGCGUUUCAUCGGUAAGCAAACGAAAUAAGCUUGACUUUGCAUUGCAAACCCGUUAAAUAUUACGAACGGCAUCCGCUGCCUCGCAUCCGAAUGAAACCCUGCGCAUUGCGGUGCGGUUUGUUUUCAUUUCGUCUAGUGUUUUGGAGCGUCGGGCAUUCCCUCCUCUCCCACGCACCACCUAAUCGAUAAUCGAUUGCAUGGGCUUGGGGCAGAUGUCACGCUUCUCUCUAUGCCAUCGUCGGCGCGUGUGAUUCUCCGCAGCUGUGUUUAGGACAUCCCCGAUUCGCCUGUGUCAUAAAUGAAAAACAAACCCUACCCUCUAAAAUUCACACCACCAUGGGAGAAGAAUGCUGGCUUUGGAAGGAAACACAAGCCUUGCGCGAGGAGCCACACCAAAAUAAUAGCCAACCCAGGGAUUGUGAUGAAAGUGCUACGGCGGAAGAAGAUCAUCAUGUUUCUGGCCUAUUUUCUGCUGGUGGCUUUGACCAUGCUGAACCUGGCUAACUACAAAUGGACCAAAGAGCCUCAGCAGUGCAGUCAGCCAAUGCAGGGAGUGAACUUCCAAAGCAGAUCAGACAUCCGCUAUCUUUAUAAAGCCCCGCAGGUCAAGAAAAGGCAGCUGGUGUAUGUGUUGACCACUUGGAGGUCUGGCUCAUCCUUUUUCGGGGAGCUCUUCAACCAAAACCCUGAUGUGUUUUUCUUGUAUGAGCCUAUGUGGCACAUUUGGCAAAAGCUAUACCCGGGGGACGCUGUCUCCCUACAAGGAGCAGCCCGGGACAUGCUAAGCUCCCUUUACAGGUGUGACUUCUCAGUUUUUCAGCUGUACAACAGCCCUGGAGGGAAGAACAUAACCUCUUUGGGACUUUUCGGGGCCGCCAUCAAUAAAGUCAUCUGCUCCUACCCAUUCUGCUCAUCCUACAGGAAGGAUGUGGUGGGAAUGGUGGAUGAGAAGAUCUGCAGAAAGUGUCCUCCGCAGAGUCUUCAGAUGUUAGAGGAGGAGUGCUUAAAAUACAACACCAUCGUGAUAAAGGGAGUGCGCAUUCUGGACGUCAACAUUCUAGCGCCUCUGAUGGAGGACCCCUCGCUCAAUCUGAAAGUCGUCCACUUGGUCCGAGAUCCACGGGCGGUGGCUAACUCCAGGAUUAAAUCAAGACAUGGACUCAUUCGGGAGAAUCUGCAAGUGGUGCGCAGCAGAGACCCCAAGCUUCGUCGCGUGCCAUUCGUGGACCCCAACCACAAGAUGAACAAAAAAGACGGUUCAGAUUACCACUCCAUCGGAGCCAUGGAGGUGAUCUGCGAACAAAUGUCCAAAACGCUGAAAACUGCUCUUCACCCGCCCAGCUGGUUCAAAGGCAAAUACAUGACGGUGCGCUACGAGGACCUGGUGGAGAACCCAGUCAGAUCUGUUAGGAAUGUUUAUCGAUUUGUGAAUCUUUCAGCCAAUCACGACAUUGAGAUCUUUGCCAUGAACAUGACAACAGGACCCAGUGCCUCCACCAAACCAUUCAUCGUGUCCUCCAGGAACGCCACGCAGGCGGCUAACGCCUGGAGAACUGUGCUCAACUAUCAACAGAUCAGACAGGUGGAAGAAUACUGUCAGCAUUCCAUGUCUCUGCUGGGAUAUCUACGAGUUCGCACGGCCGGCGAGGCCAAGGAUUUGAGCAGGCCAUUAUUGACAGUGCCCAAAAUAUAAAUCACUGCCAAAGACGUUUGAUGUAUUUUAUUUUUUUUUUGCAUUUGAUCACAGCCUGAUACUCGUCCUGUACAAACUGUUAUUUAUGUUAUGCUUAAUGGCUCAGUGGAAUGUAUCUGUUUGCAUCAUACCGUGCACAGCCACGUACUGUAUGUUCGGGACCAGAAUGUCAUCUGUGCAUCACCACAUGUUUGACCAAAUAAGAGAGAAAAGGAAAAAAAAAGAAAGUACUUUUGUGUACGAAGUGUUAUUGCUCAUUAAAGCUAUGCCAAUAUA